UGGUUGUCAUGGCAACUCAUGUAGCUACACAUUUGCCGAAGCAACGGAUUUGGUGGAGACAGUCACUGAGAGCAAGUUUGGCUUUGUGCUGGACAAUUUGAAAAGCUUGUUUUUUUUUUCAGGGUUUGAGACAAGCAAACGAAAAUUCUUUAAGUCGUUAAACCGUAAUUAUAGCCAAUUCGUUUUUUUGCGCCAUGUCCGUGACUAACGUAAACAAACCAGUGAGAAAACAGGGAACAAAUCGACCUCAAGGUGCACCUGGUACAACGGCUACGAAAGCUGGAAGUAAGAAAAAGGAUAAGGAGGAUGGGAUGGAGCACGGCGAUGAAUGGGAUGAGUGGUCCCAUGGAAAAACACUUACAAAGCCUCCAGACCAACUGGAGCUCACUGAGGCGGAGCUGAAUGAGACUUUCACAAGGAUCCUGACUGCAACCAACCCACAUGCCCCCCAAAAUAUUGUCCGCUACAGUUUCAAGAAACGUUCCUACAAGCCCAUAAGUGCAGUGGAUCAGAUGGCUGUUCAUUUUGUCUUGGAGGGAAACCUCUUGUACAAAGACUCUGAUGAAGCCCGUAGACAAAUGGCCAAGCAGGGCCUGCCUGCGGAGAAAGCUGCAGUUGAUGCUGCAGCGCAACCUGAUGAGGAGAAGCCAGAGACCCCGGCAACACCUGGAGAGGAUGCAGCAGAAAUGGAAGAGGUUGAAGAAGAGGACAGGCCUGACAGUGCUGCCUCCAAGACUGGCAAGAAGGAGCAGAAACUUACUAACCAGAUCAACUUCUGCGAGAGGGCUUCUCAGACUCUCAAUAACCCACCAAGGGAGAGAAACUGCCAAACUGAACCUCCUCCUCGGUGCAACUUCUCUGCCAUUGCCAAUCAGUGGGAGAUCUAUGAUGCGUACGUGGAGGAGCUGCAGAAGCAAGAGAAGAAUAAGGAAAAGCAGAAAGCCAUACCAUCAAAGAAAGAUGAUGAAGAUGAUGACAGGGGCAAGAAGAAGAUGAUAUUGAUGGAGACUCAGACUCAGAGUGAUGACCUCUGCAAAAUGGCCAAAGCGACCAAGAUCCUUGAACGGAUGGUCAAUCAGAAUAUAUAUGGUGACCUUGCAAUAGAUUUCAAAUACUAUGAGGAUUGCUCUGAUGAGUUCAGGGAGCAGGAGGGCACCCUUCUCCCUUUGUGGAAGUUCCAGUGUGACAAAGCCAAAAAACUGACUGUCACUGCCCUCUGCUGGAAUAAGAAAUACCAAGACCUGUUUGCCGCAGGAAUGGGCUCAUAUGAUUUCAGUAAACAGGGGCGUGGAGUGUUGGUCUUCUACACCUUGAAGAACUCUUCCUUCCCAGAGUACAUCUACCCCACAAAUUGUGGCAUCAUGUGCCUCGACAUCCAUGAGCAGGUAUCCUACCUGGUGGCAGUGGGCUUCUAUGAUGGGUGUGUGGCUGUCUACAACUUGAAGGAAGAUGGGCAGCAGCCUGUCUACCAGAGUACAGCAAAGACUGGCAAACACACUGACCCUGUCUGGCAGGUGCGCUGGCAGAAUGAUGACAUGGAUGGCAACCACAACUUCUACUCUGUGUCAUCUGAUGGCCGAGUAGUGUCUUGGACCCUAGUCAAGAAUGAGCUGGUGUCUACAGACAUUAUCAAACUGACAAUGGAGGGCGUGCCGCACCUCAGCACAGCUUCUGGAGCAUCAUUUGACUUCCAUAAGCAGAUCAACCAUCUCUUCCUAGUUGGCACUCAGGAGGGAAAAAUACACAAGUGCUUUAAGACCUACUCUAGCCAGUACCUUGAGACCUAUGAUGCUCACACCUUGGCAGUGGAUGCUGUCAAGUGGAACCACUUCCACCCCAAGGUCUUCAUCUCUUGCAGUUCCGACUGGACCGUCAAGAUCUGGGACCACACCAUCAACACUCCCAUGUUCACCUUUGAACUAUAUGCAGCAGUUGGAGAUGUAGCUUGGGCUCCAUACUCCUCCACUGUAUUUGCUGCUGUCACUGUGAAUGGCAAGGUUCACAUUUUUGACCUAAAUGUCAACAAGUAUGAAGCUAUCUGCCAGCAGCAAGUGGUAGCCAAGAAGACCAAGCUGACCCACAUUGAGUUCAACCUGGUCCAUCCUCUCAUCAUCGUAGGGGAUGACCAAGGCUACAUCACCAGUUUUAAGCUCUCCCCCAACCUCCGCAAACAACCCAAGAUGAAGAAGGGUGAGGAGCUGCCCAAAGGUCCAGAAGUGGAAAUAGCCAAGAUGGAGAAGCUACUGAGCCUGCUGAGGGAGCCAGAGGCAAGCGCAGUUUAAAAUGACCGCCAAGGCUACUCUCAUGAGCACAGUAAAGUGGUUCUUAAUCCUCACAUUCCCACUCAUAAAAGUUCCUUUCUUUGUUUGACGUUAGCAAGAGUAAUGAACAGCAAGUUGUAAGAUCAGUACAUGCAGUGGAUUUAACAACAACAACACAAUGGAUUGAUUUUGGAUAUAUUUAUUAAACGGUUUUCAUUCUA